AGAGACACGCUUUAGUCAUAACUGUAAUAAAUGCAUUGAGUUUCAAUCAAUCCACACUUUUGUUUUAAUAGUCUGAGAUUUGACGCGUCGAUCCUCUGCCUGCAUAAAAAAAAAUCAAACCGUACAGGGUGAUAUAAAAGGGAAUACCCAGCGUUCCCGUUGAAAUGCACUUAUUUUUCAAAUCGCAUGUCUUAAGGGCUGUGACGUAGCGUAUGUGCGCAUAGUUCCUAUAGUCUUGACGCAGUGUUUGUUGUGACAGUAAUAGAAGAAGCUCAGCGCACCGGCUGCACUGUUGCAUGCACGUCGAGUAGUUAAUUAUUUUACCGCAUUCAACUGCAGUUCCCCCUCCACUCACACUCACACACACUCACAGCGGAAAAAAGAAACAACCUUCACGCGAACAACACCUGUGCUUUGUGGAAUACUUGAGCUUUUCUUUUUCUUUUCCUACGUGAAACGGGAAUAUCGUCUGCGAGGACUCUGGAAAUGCCGUGUGCUUUAGAGACAUUUGGAUGGGGAAAACGGAGUGGCUCCACGAAAGCUGUCGGCGGGGAUAGAGAGGAGAAAAGCAUCCUGGAAUGAAACCAAUCUAAACCCCUUCGACGGCGAUUUCUGUGGACAUUUCCAGCACUUGCCCUGUAUGUGGACUGUUUUUUCCCCCGCGCGAGCGAGCGAGCGAGCAAGCAAGCAUUCCCUCAUCCGAUGGAUUUUUGCCUUUGCAGCUCAGCAGAGGGUGUUAGAUCUGCCAGUGAACGCCGGUCUGAAAAGUCCAGAAUCUCUCAGCGACCGUCUUUGUGAUACAAACGCGUUGAGCGAAGCCGUCGGAGUCCGAGGAGGGAUGCUAAAGAUGUAAGAAUCUCGGAUUAAUCUUACUGCGAUGCAUUGAGAUGUACGCGGUGUGAUUUGAGCACCACGGGAGAAAGAACAGCUCCCGCGCCGUGGAUAUGUGAGAAAUGCACAAGGUCAGUGAUUUGCGAGCCCGAAAAGCCAAAUAAUUGAGUUGAAGAUGUCAUUCUGUAAGCUUUAAGAUUGUUUUGAGAGCAUGCGAUGGGGAGGUGAUGAAAGAAAGGCUUCUUGCUGUCGAUUUUUCUCAAUCUGGACAUAGCGAGCUGAGCAUGGAUAUAAUCACAGAGUGUCCUCUGCUUUUCUAGACUGGAGAUAUAUCUCAUUUCUCGCCCUCUUGCUGAUUGUAUUCAUGUCUUGAUGUCGGGGAUGAUUGUGUCGUAUUGAAAAUGCUGCUUUGGAUUGUGUUGCUGAAGGCGGCUCUUUGUGUAGCUAUCGGGAAUGUUACAAGGGACGUCUGUAAGGAGCAGAUCUGCUCCUGCAAUGCAAUAGAAGGCGAUUUGCACAUUGACUGUGAGAAAAGGAGCCUCACGAACCUGCACCAUUUGACAGGUCCGAGCUCCCAGUUUUACCAUCUCCUGCUUCACGGGAAUUCUUUGUCCAGACUGUUCCCCAACGAGUUCGCGAACUUUUACAAUGCCGUGAGCUUGCAUUUGGAGAACAAUGGCUUGCACGACAUUGUGCCCGGCGCGUUCCUGGGACUGCAGCUCGUCAAACGGCUGCACAUCAAUAACAACAAGAUCAGGUCUUUCAAAAAGAACACCUUUCUCGGUCUAGACGACCUGGAGUACCUUCAAGCCGACUUCAACCUUCUGAGGGACAUCGACCCGUCCGUGUUCAGGGACUUGAGUAAGCUCGAAGUUUUAAUCUUGAACGACAACCUUAUUAGCGCUCUUCCCAUCAACGUGUUUCAGAACGUGCCCAUCACGCAUCUCGAUCUGAGAGGGAACCGAAUAAAAACGUUGCCUUACGAAGGGAUUCUAGAGCAAAUACCUGGCAUCGUGGAGGUUUUGUUGGAGGACAACCCGUGGGAUUGCAACUGCGACCUGGUUUCCCUAAAGGAAUGGCUAGAGAACAUCCCGCAGAACGUGCUCAUCGGAAGGGUCAUUUGCGAGGCGCCCACUCGGCUGCAGGGUAACGACCUGAACGAAACGGCCGAGACGGAGCUGUGCCCUUCAAAGAGCGGCAUGGACUCCAGCCUGGUGGCGCCUCCCACCCAGGAUGAGACCCCUGAUCGCGGCCCCCGUCCCACGCCCUCUAAAACGAGCGGGGUGACGGAGUCCCACGCCGGCGGGGGAGGGCACAACAGGGGCCGUCCGAAAGCCAGGGAGAACUGGCAGCUAAAAACCAAGCCCACGGCCAUGGCGACAGGCGCCGUCGACAGGGAGCCGCCGGCAAACUCCACGUGCCCCCAGUUCUGCGAUUGUAAGCUGAUAGGCACCAGGCAAGGUCUCGGGGUCAACUGCGAGGGCAAGAAGAUCGAAAGCGUGGCCAAUCUCAAACCCAAGCCCCUGAGCGCGCACGAGCUGAAUCUGCGCGACAACAACAUUCACACCAUCAGAAGGAACCAGCUCCGAGGCUACCACAGCUUGAAUCUGCUCGAUUUGGGCGGGAAUAACAUCAAAAUGAUCGAAAACGGCACUUUCCACAAUCUGACCGAGUUGAGGUGGCUCUACAUGGACAAGAACUACUUGGAUACGUUAAUGGCGGAGAUGUUUGCUGGACUUCAGAACUUGGAGUAUCUCAGUUUGGAAUAUAACGACAUCCAGCUCAUAAUGCCGGGCACCUUCAGCCCGAUGCCCAACUUGAGGGUGCUCUUCCUCAACAACAACCUGCUCAAAGCUCUCCCCGUGGAUGCGUUCUUGGGAGUUUCUUUGUCUAAGAUAAGCUUGCAUAACAAUUAUUUCACCUAUCUCCCUGUGCCAGGAGUCUUAGACCAGCUCAACUCUAUCAUCCAGAUCGAUUUGCACGGGAACCCCUGGGAUUGCACGUGCAACAUCGUUCCCUUCAAGCAGUGGACGGACAAGCUCGGGGCGGACGUCAUCGUGAGCGACCUCAAAUGCGAGUCCCCCGAGCAGUUCUGGAAGAGGGAUUUCCGGCGGAUCAGGAAUGAUCUGAUGUGCCCUCAGCUCUACGACAAGAUCUCCCCCACCUCCCUGUCCAAAAACAGCACUUUCCCGGCAGACACGGGGACGAGGCCCAACUCCUACCUGGAGCCUAGCAGAGUGUCCAUUUCGGUGCUUGUGCCCGGUCUGCUCUUGGUUUUCGUGACGUCUGCCUUCACCGUGGUGGGAAUGCUGGUCUUUAUCCUGCGCAAUCGAAAGAGAUCGAAGCGGAGAGACGGCAACUCUUCUGCGUCAGAAAUCAAUUCUUUACAGACAGUGUGCGACUCGUCCUACUGGCACAGCGGAGCUUAUCAUGCAGACGGGCCGCACAGAGGUUACGACUGUGGUGCCCACUCUCUCUCUGACAAAUGAUGCUCAUGGAGACACGAGUGAGCAAACGGACGAACUGCGUUUCGUAUGUUGCGGUGACAAUGGAGGGCGACACACAAACAUUGGACCUCGGACUCGCCUCUGUGGGAAAAAAUAACCUAUUUUUGUUGCUUC